AUGCGGAUAUCAAUCCGAGAACAGCUCGGUCUGCUGGUCCUUUUCUGCGCUUUAACCUCACUUGCCGUUCUGGCCAUCUCUGUGUGGUUUCAAAACUAUGCCUUCAUCACCGACAUAAGACUGUCAAGCCUGGCAUUAACCGCCUCGCUCAAAGCUGCUCAGUUGUCCAGCACCCUACUUUUAUAUCAAACACAAGUCCGCUUGGUCAGCACGCGUCUUUUGGUCCAAAGCGCUCUAGAGAGGUACUACGCAGGCAACACAACCACGCAAAACUGGUCACGCUCGCAGUCGGACCUCGAAGGUGCUUUGGCCGGUGGUUCACUCCUGGUUCAAGCCGCCAUCUUCCCCAAUGUCAACGGCAAUGCAACUGCGGUAGAUGGUUUGCUGAACGUCACAGCCGUCGACCUGCUUGGAACCAUCAAACUCCCGUACGCCAGUCCUAAUGGCAGUGAUGUCUAUCUAGGCGACCCAGGCUUCGGCUAUCCGCCCACACUCUUUCCGAACUUGACUUACGACGCUAUUACCCCCGGUACCAAUGCUUCCACCGUCUCCUAUGAAGGCCAUGUCCUCGACCAAAACAAUCCUCUUUUCCUCGGCCCUUUGAUCGUCAAUGAUGAUUUGUUCCUCCUCUCCGUCACCGUCGCUCUGAUCAAUAACACUUCUGCAUCCGAUGUUCUGGGCUGGCUGACUGUGGUUGUUAAUGCGUCUAUGAUCUUAGUAGUGCAAAACUCCGCCGAGGGCUUGGGCAAUUCUGGUGAAACUCUCCUCAUCGGCCCAGCAAGGGCAAAUAAUCUUUAUCCCGUCGACAUCCGUAAUUCCACAAAGGCAGAGGCGGGCGAUCAGAUCGUCCAAUUUGUCGUGCCUCCACACAAUAACUCCACCCUCCAGGGCCGCCAUGAGACCAGAAGCUCCCCAGAGACCGCUUCAACCCCCUUCAAUGCCUCUGCCUAUCCGGCUGUCGUCGCCGCAUGGACCAAAGAUAACAAGGCCAUCAAUAAUGCCGGCGCUUAUAUCACCACCACCAAUGAAGAGGGCAACAAGGUAUCGGUUGGCUAUGCCACCGUCUCUUCCCGAGCGGUUGACUGGGUUUUGGUUGUGGAGCAAGCCCGUUCUGAAGUCGUCGCUCCCAUCCAACACUUGCGAGACGUUGUCCUCAUAUGUGUUUUUUCAGUCACUGGAGCUUUGCUCUUGAUCAUGUUCCCUAUGGCUCAUUAUUCCAUCACUCCCAUUCGCCAAUUGGCUGCCGCCACCGCCAGGACCGUCGAGCCUUAUCAACCUGAUGACAACAGCGAGUACUCGAGUUCGACAAACGCUGCAGCCAUCACGGAAGACCCCAGUAGUCAACCUCAAGAUGAGAAGCCAAAGAAGCGGGGGUUCCUAGCCAGCCUGCGUGGGUUCACUCACCGGACGCCGUUAAGUCGCACGCCAACUCCACGCCAGCACCGAAGGAGGACUUUCAGGAUCCCCAGAAAGGUUCCUGAACGCAGUCAUUGGAUCACGGAUGAAUUGACCGAACUCACCCGAACAUUUAACGAAAUGUCGGACGAAUUAGCCAUGCAUUAUGAACGCUUAGAAGAGAGGGUUAAACAGCGCACUGCUGAGCUGGAGAGGAGCAAAAAAGCUGCCGAAGUCGCAAAUGAGAGCAAAACACUUUUCAUCGCCAAUAUUUCGCAUGAAUUAAAAACUCCCCUCAAUGGGAUCCUCGGAUUGACCACUGUGUGUAUGACCGAAGACGAUCCUAGCAAAAUACGGUCUACCCUCAGUACCAUCUACAAGUCCGGUGAUCUUCUCCUGCACCUGCUCACCGACCUCCUCACUUUUAGCAAGAAUGAGGUCGGACAACAACUAUCGAUCGAUGAGACCGAGUUUCGAUUGAGCGAUUUGAGUACGCAAUUAAUCCCCACGUUCGAAAAGCAGGCUAAAGAAGGACGCAUCGACCUCAAAGUUUUGUUCCUUGGAACCAAUGAUGCCUUUGGGGAUGGGUCGGAUCUCUCUGCAGAUAAGCUAUACGGCCCAGAAGGCACUGGUCGAGUCCGAGACAUGUGUUUAUGGGGGGAUAAAAACCGUAUCCUUCAAGUUCUGAUGAACUUUGUGAGCAACAGUCUGAAGUUCACACCUGCACAGGGGUCUGUGACCGUCCGUGUCCGUUGCACUGGCAUUAUGGAGUCUUUCCCGAGCCGAGCAGGCAGCGCACGCAAGUCUUCCCUCAAUUCAAGGGCAUCAAAGUCUUCAAGCAACAAGAGAGUGCGCAUAUCCCAGGAUAGAUCACACCUCCACGCCGCCUCAAAUGCGAAUGAAGAUUCAAAGCUUAGCAUUAACGUUGCGGGUGGCACUACCCAUAUUUCCAAAAUUGCUGAGCGGCAGCGGUCCAUGUCACCACCACCUCUCAACACGAAAGAUCUUGGUUUUGAAUUCGAGGUCGAAGACACAGGUCCUGGCAUUCCUCCAGAACAACAAAAGAUGAUCUUCGAGCCUUUCGUUCAAGGAGAUCUCGGCCUGAGCAAAAAAUACGGCGGUACUGGACUUGGACUAAGUAUCUGUGCUCAACUAGCAGCCCUCAUGGGCGGUGACAUAUCUCUUGACAGCACCGUGGGAGUGGGGAGCAAGUUCACCAUGCGGCUACCGCUUCGCUAUGUCUCGGAACGCAGUGCCUCCCUCGCUUCCUCAACACGCAAUUCACAUUCUAAAGCAAGCAGCUUAGUUGGCCAAACACUUCAUGACCCCUCCGAGCAUCCACAGCACAAUCAUGCCGGGUCGACCACUUCACUUACAUCAACAAGGGACGAUGUAAAUGGAACACCCAAACUCGCGGACGUGCCACGAAUAGUUGGGUUCACUCAGCCAUAUGUAGCCAAAGAGCCAAAGAUGUCAUCCGGAGCCAAACUGGAUCAGAUGAAAAAGGUGGAAAGUGAAGCAGCCCAAAGAGGCAGGAAAGUCCGAGUGCUCGUAGCAGAAGACAACAAAGUCAAUCAGGAGGUAGUUCUCCGAAUGUUGCGUCUCGAAGACGUUUAUGAUGUCACGAUUGCCAAAGACGGGCAAGAGGCGUUCGAUAAAGUACGUGAGUCCAUGUCAAGCGGUGAACGCUUUGAUUUGGUAUUCAUGGAUGUUCAAAUGCCCAACCUGGAUGGGAUUCAGUCCACCAAGCUCAUUCGCGGGAUGGGCUUCUCCGCGCCAAUUGUGGCGCUUACUGCCUUUGCAGAGAAAUCCAAUGAAGAUGAAUGUAUGGCCUCCGGAAUGGAUUACUUCCUGGCCAAACCGAUCAAAAGACCGGCACUUAAGCAGGUGCUGAAAAAGUACUGUGCUACCAUCCCCGAGGAGGAAUAUGAGGGUAGCUCGAGCGCUGUCCCCAGACUCGACGGUCAUGCGCCGUCAGAAGAAAUGAAUGGGCACACGACCUCUCGAGCGUCUUCUGGUGUGGCUCAACCAGACGCACAAAAGGACUCACGUGUUGAGGUGAUUGACUCUAACGAUGUCUCACCAUUAUCUUAA